AUGGCGUGCAGGGCUUUAGUGCUUCACGGGGCACAGGAUCUUCGGCUGGAAACGCGGCCAAUAGCUCCCCCGGCAACAGACGAAGUCCAGGUCGCCGUUCGAGCCACCGGUCUCUGCGGCUCAGACCUGCAUUACUAUCACCACGGCAGGAAUGGGAACUUUGUCCUGCGCCAGCCCUUGGUUCUCGGCCAUGAAUCCGUCGGUGAAGUGGUUGCCGUUGGAUCAUCCUCAGACAGCUUCAAGGUAGGGGACCGAGUGGCCCUCGAAGUCGGCCUGCCGUGUCGAAAGUGUCUUCUCUGCCGUCAGGGCAGAUACAACAUCUGCCGUUCCUUGAGAUUCCGCAGCUCAGCUGCUGUUUUCCCCCAUCUCGACGGGACGCUGAUGGACGUCACCAACCACCCAGCCGCUAUGUGCCAUCGUCUGCCCGACUCCAUCUCAGACGUGCAGGGAGCUCUGCUCGAACCUCUUGCUGUCUGUCUGCAUGCGAUUAAUCGCUCUAACCCGCCAACCGCAGAAGACGUAGCACUUGCUAAGUCCGUCGCGGCUGCGAAUGGUGGCGCCGCCCCAGACAGCGAAACUGCAGCGCUGAUAUUCGGCGCCGGUGCUAUUGGCUUGCUGCUCGCAUCAGCUCUGGCUAUCACGCAGCACUUUACGACUAUCGUUGUGACGGAUAUCAACCAGGCAAGAUUGGACAUUGCCUCCUCGCUCCCUUUUGGUUGCAUCAGGACACAUUUGCUUGGUCCCCCUGGCCGAACGGCUACGUCUGCAUUCACUCCCGCAACUGCACAGGAGGAAGAAGAAGAAGAAGAUAUAGCUGCAAAGGACGUGGCGGGUGGCUUACUGCGGAAAUUCGGCUACGGCCAUGGCUUCUCCCGCGUGUUUGAGUGUACGGGAGCACCGGCCUGUGUACGAGCCGGCAUCUACGCUUCCUCGGCUGGUGGCGCGGUGGUACAGAUUGGUAUGGGCGGUCCUCGGCUUCCAUCCAUCCCAAUGUCCGCCUCGGCGCUGAGAGAAGUCGAUCUGAUCGGUGUCUUUCGGUAUGAUGGACGCUGCUAUCCAGCCGCUAUUGACCUGGCUUCCUCCUCCGUUUUCGGCCAGGUAGCGGAGAAGAUCGCCACGCAUACGGUUGAGUUGGGAGAGGAUGACGGACAGAAGUCGUUUAGGCUUGCUGCUUCUGACAAAGAUGAUGGUGGUAAGACAGUGGUCAAGGUUAUUGUUGUUAGUGGGAUGGAGGGAAUAGUUCCUUGA